UAAUGCAAAUAGGAAUGGGGGAGUUUUAGGCCGCAAUAAAGACAGCUCAGGUCACCGCUGCCCCGUGUCUAGAUGAGCUAUUUUAGUGUCCACCCACUCCUCUUAGAGGUGAAACUGUUGAAACACUCACUAUAGUUUAUAUGAGUAAACAAAGCACACAACACCACCAGCAGACUCGUGACAGCAGCACACACACUGUAAGUUCCUGGUUUUUGUGACGACGCGAUAUAACACAAAGUUAUACACUAAUCUGUGUGUGUCCUUAAAAUAUAUGAUUUCUUGAUUAAAACAAUGUAGCACAAUCGCUGCAACACACUACACAUGUCCAGAUGAGAGCCCAGCGCUGCUGCUCAUUGCCAAUGAGCCGAUCAUCCAGUAGGGGGCGCCGUCAGACGCACAAUCGGCCAGCGUUUAUUCUUUUAGUUAUUGCACGGAAAACGUGUAUUUGUGUGCGUGUUUUCAUUUUAAAUGCAUACACACGAUCCUGGAAACAGCUGCUGCACUCGAGACGCUGUAUUUGAGAAUGUAUUUAGUGACUUGAAAUGCGAAAUUGAACCGGAAGUGUUUGGAAGUGGCUAUUGACCUUAGCGAGGGCACUUACGGCCUUGGCGUUUCAGAGAUUUUGUUGGAAAUACAGGCUGCUAUUAAGGCAUCAACGUAGUUUUCAGGAAUAUAUGAGCUCUCGCACGAGCAGAGCACUUCUUUAUUCCUGCACAGCUGUUGGUGCUUCUGUGUUUCUCGCGGUUUCUUUGAAAGCACGUUCCUCAUGCUAGUCUUUUUAUGUGCUGGGCGCUUCUGGAAGACUUCAGCUCGCCCCCUCUGCUUUCAUUAAACUACGCUCUGCUUUCCCCGCCUCGCAGCUUUCUCUCACAGAAACAGUAGUUUCUUAAUUUCUUCACGCUUGUUGUGGACUUCAUUUUUUGUUUAAGAGAUAUUCGCAGUCACUGAGUUGCUAACUGCUAGCUAGCCAGCCCGUUUUACUCUCAGUCGGCAUAUUGGAGUCGCUGGAAAAUGUCCGAUUUUGACGAGUUUGAGAGACAGCUGACCGAAAACAAGCAAGCGGACCGGGACAAAGAGAACAAGCACCAUCGGCGUAGUGGCUCGAGAAGUCACAGCAGAGACCGGGACAGAAAAAGAAGGAGCCGGGACGGAGACCGAGAAAGGAGAGGCAGUCGAGAGCGCCAUGGAGAUAGCAAAGACCGCAGACACAGACGCAGUCGCUCCCCACACCGUGAGAAGAAAAAGAUUAAAGUGAAAAAGUAUUGGGAUGUUCCUCCUUCUGGUUUUGAACACAUCACACCCAUGCAGUACAAAGCAAUGCAAGCUGCUGGUCAGAUCCCGGCAACUGCUCUGCUGCCCACAAUGACCCCUGAGGGUCUGGCCGUGACCCCAACACCUGUUCCCGUUGUGGGCAGCCAAAUGACCCGACAGGCCCGACGGCUGUAUGUAGGCAACAUCCCAUUUGGCAUCACAGAGGAGUCUAUGAUGGACUUCUUCAAUGCUCAGAUGCGUUUGGGUGGCCUGACUCAGGCCCCAGGGAACCCUGUCCUUGCUGUGCAGAUCAACCAGGACAAGAACUUUGCCUUUCUGGAAUUCCGCUCGGUGGAUGAGACAACACAGGCCAUGGCCUUUGAUGGCAUAAUUUUUCAGGGCCAGAGUCUGAAGAUUCGCAGACCACAUGACUACCAACCUCUACCAGGAAUGAGUGAAAAUCCCAGUGUCUAUGUCCCAGGUGUUGUCUCCACAGUGGUGCCAGAUUCUGCCCAUAAGCUCUUCAUUGGCGGUCUGCCAAAUUACCUCAACGAUGACCAGGUGAAGGAAUUGCUGACAUCGUUUGGUCCCCUGAAGGCCUUUAACCUUGUGAAAGACAGCGCUACAGGUCUCUCUAAGGGCUAUGCCUUCUGUGAAUAUGUUGACGUCAAUAUCAGUGACCAGGCACACUGUUCACUAUCACAGGCCAUCGCAGGGCUAAACGGCAUGCAGCUUGGUGACAAGAAACUCCUGGUCCAGAGAGCCAGCGUCGGCUCAAAAAACACCACACUGACGGGCAUAAACCAGACUCCAGUCACCUUACAAGUACCAGGUCUUAUGAACACCUCAGUGACUCAGAUGGGAGGCAUUCCUACAGAGGUAUUGUGUCUGAUGAACAUGGUGGCACCAGAGGAGCUGCUGGAUGAUGAAGAGUAUGAGGAAAUCGUUGAAGACGUCAGAGACGAGUGCUCCAAAUACGGCCAGGUCAAGAGCAUCGAGAUCCCACGGCCUGUUGACGGUUUAGAAGUUCCUGGCACUGGAAAGAUCUUUGUGGAGUUUAUGUCAGUGUUUGACUCCCAGAAGGCCAUGCAAGGAUUAACAGGAAGGAAAUUCGCCAACAGAGUGGUGGUGACUAAAUACUGCGACCCUGAUGCCUACCACCGCCGUGACUUCUGGUAGAGACAGGACAGAAUCAAGAGCGAGAGAGACAUAGAGACGCAACACAGAUGGUGUGAUUUCAAUCUCUCGGAAAACCCUUAUUUCGUAGAUUUAUGAGGUCUGAGAGGGUGUGAGCAUUUUUUAAAAUCUGGCAGACUGAAAACAUUACUUGUGAUUGGGCAGAAUGUAGUGCAUCAAUCAUGAGUGAGGUUUUUUGAGGACGACAACAAUGUUCAAGUAUGUGCAGAGCUUUAACAUGGGAUUUCAGACCAUACAAUUUUUAAAGUCUACAGAAAAGGAUUAAAUUAGACAUGUCACUAAACUUCCAGCUUAUUUUUGAUCCAUAGUAAUUUUUUUUUGUCAGUUUUUCUCAAUGUAUUUAAAACUUACUCUAUCAUCUGUACAGCUCACACACUGAGCCAGACUGGUCAGAUAGGAGUGAGAGAGGAGGAUAUAAUGCAGUGAGUGAAGGAAGCUGAGGGGAGAGCAACAAUGACAACAACGAAAAUGAAUGUUACACUCAGAAAACAAGGAGGUGAGAGGGGGGUACUUGAAGAGAGAAUUCUUUGUUUUUGGGAAAUGGUUUUAUUUAGGCUGUGAAAUGAGGCUUCCAUGUUUAAUUGUAGAGGUUAAAUGUGUGAAGCAAGAGGAGUUUCUGGGUCUGUUCUUGACAACAUGCAUAUAUGAGGUAAGGCCACUUCAGAAAUCAUGUAGAGGGUGAAUAUUACCAAUUAUGUCUAUACUGUCUUUCUCUCCUCCCAUCCCCUCCUCUUUCUCUUUCCCUUUCCAUCUACCUUUCCCUCCUUUUAUAAUAGUUGUGCUGUUUCUUGUGAACUCCACUUUCCUGGCCCCAUCUAACCAAAUUUGUACACAGUGAAAAAGAAACUUGUCUCUUUCUGUUAUUUCUUUAUACACAUUCUGUAUCUAACUGUCCACUACUGUUUUUUUGUUGUUGUUUUUUUUACUGUAAUAAGCUGAGCUGAUUUAAUACAGUGCGUUUAUGUAAGAGCACCAGAAAAUUGAUCUGGUGAAAUAAACUCAAUGUGUUUGAAAUGAACACAUUUCAUCAGUUCUGCCAGCAGAUAGUGCUAACAGGUCUUGUUAUUCUGGACUGUGCAAUUCAAAGUGGAGUAGUUCUCAUACAGUAUCUGACUAUUAGCAGCUAUGGGUGACUCAGUAUUUUUGGGGGGGAUGUUAAUGUUUCUUUCUCAAAUUAAUAAUAAAAAAGGAAAACAAGUCAGUGGAAAUAUGUUGGUUGCUGAU